CCCUGAUCCGCUCCCGGCGGCGCGGGGACGCGAGUCUGAGAGCCUGCGGGCGGGCGGCGCGCUGCAGGCGAGCGGGCGAGCGGGCGCGCCCUGCAGGGAGCUGACCUGUCCUGGACGCAGCAUAACUAACGAAGCUGCUGCAGGAUGAGAAGAUGGCAGCGCGGCUGCUUGCACCACCAGGCCCUGAUAGUUUCAAGCCUUUCACCCCUGAGUCGCUGGCAAACAUUGAGAGGCGCAUUGCUGAGAGCAAGCUCAAGAAACCACCAAAGGCUGAUGGCAGUCAUCGGGAGGACGAUGAGGACAGCAAGCCCAAGCCAAACAGCGACCUGGAAGCAGGGAAGAGUUUGCCUUUCAUCUACGGGGACAUCCCCCAAGGCCUGGUUGCAGUUCCCCUGGAGGACUUUGACCCAUACUAUUUGACGCAGAAAACCUUUGUAGUAUUAAACAGAGGGAAAACUCUCUUCAGAUUUAGUGCCACGCCUGCCUUGUACAUUUUAAGUCCUUUUAACCUGAUAAGAAGAAUAGCUAUUAAAAUUUUGAUACAUUCAGUAUUUAGCAUGAUCAUUAUGUGCACUAUUUUGACCAACUGUGUAUUCAUGACUUUUAGUAACCCUCCUGACUGGUCGAAGAAUGUGGAGUACACAUUCACAGGGAUUUAUACAUUUGAAUCACUAGUGAAAAUCAUUGCAAGAGGUUUCUGCAUAGAUGGCUUUACCUUUUUACGGGAUCCAUGGAACUGGUUAGAUUUCAGUGUCAUCAUGAUGGCAUAUGUGACAGAGUUUGUGGACCUGGGCAAUGUCUCAGCGCUGAGAACAUUCAGGGUUCUCCGAGCUUUGAAAACUAUCUCUGUAAUUCCAGGCCUGAAGACAAUUGUGGGUGCCCUGAUUCAGUCUGUGAAGAAACUGUCAGAUGUGAUGAUCCUGACAGUGUUCUGCCUGAGUGUUUUCGCCUUGAUCGGACUGCAGCUGUUCAUGGGGAACCUUCGAAACAAGUGUGUUGUGUGGCCCAUAAACUUCAACGAGAGCUAUCUUGAAAAUGGCACCAAAGGCUUUGAUUGGGAAGAGUAUAUCAACAAUAAAACAAAUUUCUACACAGUUCCUGGCAUGCUGGAACCUUUACUCUGUGGGAACAGUUCUGAUGCUGGGCAAUGCCCAGAGGGAUACCAGUGUAUGAAAGCAGGAAGGAACCCCAACUAUGGUUACACAAGUUUUGACACUUUUAGCUGGGCCUUCUUGGCAUUAUUUCGCCUUAUGACCCAGGACUAUUGGGAAAACUUGUAUCAAUUGACCUUACGAGCAGCCGGGAAAACAUACAUGAUCUUCUUCGUCUUGGUCAUCUUUGUGGGUUCUUUCUAUCUGGUGAACUUGAUCUUGGCUGUGGUGGCCAUGGCUUAUGAAGAACAGAAUCAGGCAACACUGGAGGAGGCAGAACAAAAAGAGGCUGAAUUUAAAGCAAUGUUGGAGCAACUUAAGAAGCAACAGGAAGAGGCACAGGCUGCUGCGAUGGCCACUUCAGCAGGAACUGUCUCAGAAGAUGCCAUAGAGGAAGAAGGUGAAGAAGGAGGGGGCUCCCCUCGGAGCUCUUCUGAAAUCUCUAAACUCAGCUCAAAGAGUGCAAAGGAAAGACGUAACAGGAGAAAGAAGAGGAAGCAAAAGGAACUCUCUGAAGGAGAGGAGAAAGGGGAUCCUGAGAAGGUGUUUAAGUCAGAGUCAGAAGAUGGCAUGAGAAGGAAGGCCUUUCGGCUGCCAGACAACAGAAUAGGGAGGAAAUUUUCCAUCAUGAAUCAGUCACUGCUCAGCAUCCCAGGCUCGCCCUUCCUCUCCCGCCACAACAGCAAGAGCAGCAUCUUCAGUUUCAGGGGACCUGGGCGGUUCCGAGACCCGGGCUCCGAGAAUGAGUUCGCGGAUGACGAGCACAGCACGGUGGAGGAGAGCGAGGGCCGCCGGGACUCCCUCUUCAUCCCCAUCCGGGCCCGCGAGCGCCGUAGCAGCUACAGCGGCUACAGCGGCUACAGCCAGGGCAGCCGCUCCUCACGCAUCUUCCCCAGCCUGCGGCGCAGCGUGAAGCGCAACAGCACGGUGGACUGCAACGGCGUGGUGUCCCUCAUCGGCGGCCCCGGCUCCCACAUCGGCGGGCGUCUCCUGCCAGAGGUGAAAAUUGAUAAGGCAGCUACCGAUGACAGUGCUACAACUGAGGUGGAAAUUAAGAAGAAAGGCCCUGGAUCUCUUUUAGUUUCCAUGGACCAAUUAGCCUCCUACGGGCGGAAGGACAGAAUCAACAGUAUAAUGAGUGUUGUUACAAAUACACUAGUAGAAGAACUGGAAGAGUCUCAGAGAAAGUGCCCGCCAUGCUGGUAUAAAUUUGCCAACACUUUCCUCAUCUGGGAGUGCCACCCCUACUGGAUAAAACUGAAAGAGAUUGUGAACUUGAUAGUUAUGGACCCUUUUGUGGAUUUAGCCAUCACCAUCUGCAUCGUCCUGAAUACACUGUUUAUGGCAAUGGAGCACCAUCCUAUGACACCACAAUUUGAACAUGUCUUGGCUGUAGGAAAUCUGGUUUUCACUGGAAUUUUCACAGCGGAAAUGUUCCUGAAGCUCAUAGCCAUGGAUCCCUACUAUUAUUUCCAAGAAGGUUGGAACAUUUUUGACGGAUUUAUUGUCUCCCUCAGUUUAAUGGAACUGAGUCUAGCAGACGUGGAGGGGCUUUCAGUGCUGCGAUCUUUCCGAUUGCUCCGAGUCUUCAAAUUGGCCAAAUCCUGGCCCACCCUGAACAUGCUAAUCAAGAUUAUUGGAAAUUCAGUGGGUGCCCUGGGCAACCUGACACUGGUGCUGGCCAUUAUUGUCUUCAUCUUUGCCGUGGUGGGGAUGCAGCUCUUUGGAAAAAGCUACAAAGAGUGUGUCUGCAAGAUCAACCAGGACUGUGAACUCCCUCGCUGGCAUAUGCAUGACUUUUUCCAUUCCUUCCUCAUUGUCUUUCGAGUGUUGUGCGGGGAGUGGAUUGAGACCAUGUGGGACUGCAUGGAAGUGGCAGGCCAGGCCAUGUGCCUCAUUGUCUUUAUGAUGGUCAUGGUGAUUGGCAACUUGGUGGUGCUGAACCUGUUUCUGGCCUUGCUCCUGAGCUCCUUCAGUGCAGACAACCUGGCUGCCACAGAUGAUGAUGGGGAAAUGAACAACCUCCAGAUCUCAGUGAUUCGUAUCAAGAAGGGUGUGGCCUGGACGAAACUAAAGGUGCAUGCCUUCAUGCAGGCCCACUUUAAGCAGCGUGAGGCAGAUGAGGUGAAGCCUUUGGAUGAGUUGUAUGAAAAGAAGGCCAACUGUAUCGCCAAUCACACCGGUGCAGACAUCCACCGGAAUGGCGACUUCCAGAAGAAUGGCAAUGGCACAACCAGCGGCAUUGGCAGCAGCGUGGAGAAGUACAUCAUUGAUGAGGACCACAUGUCCUUCAUCAACAACCCCAACUUGACUGUGCGGGUACCCAUUGCUGUGGGCGAGUCUGACUUUGAGAACCUCAACACAGAGGAUGUUAGCAGCGAGUCGGAUCCUGAAGGCAGCAAAGAUAAACUAGAUGACACCAGCUCCUCUGAAGGAAGCACCAUUGAUAUCAAACCAGAAGUAGAAGAGGUCCCUGUGGAACAGCCUGAGGAAUACUUGGAUCCAGACGCCUGCUUCACAGAAGGUUGUGUCCAGCGGUUCAAGUGCUGCCAGGUCAACAUCGAGGAAGGGCUAGGCAAGUCUUGGUGGAUCCUGAGGAAAACCUGCUUCCUCAUCGUGGAGCACAACUGGUUUGAGACCUUCAUCAUCUUCAUGAUUCUGCUGAGCAGUGGCGCCCUGGCCUUCGAGGACAUCUACAUUGAGCAGAGAAAGACCAUCCGCACCAUCCUGGAAUAUGCUGACAAAGUCUUCACCUAUAUCUUCAUCCUGGAGAUGUUGCUCAAGUGGACAGCCUAUGGCUUCGUCAAGUUCUUCACCAAUGCCUGGUGUUGGCUGGACUUCCUCAUUGUGGCUGUCUCUUUAGUCAGCCUUAUAGCUAAUGCCCUGGGCUACUCGGAACUAGGUGCCAUAAAGUCCCUUAGGACCCUAAGAGCUUUGAGACCCUUAAGAGCCUUAUCACGAUUUGAAGGGAUGAGGGUGGUGGUGAAUGCCUUGGUGGGCGCCAUCCCCUCCAUCAUGAAUGUGCUGCUGGUGUGUCUCAUCUUCUGGCUGAUUUUCAGCAUCAUGGGAGUUAACUUGUUUGCGGGAAAGUACCACUACUGCUUUAAUGAGACUUCUGAAAUCCGAUUUGAAAUUGAAGAUGUCAACAAUAAAACUGAAUGUGAAAAGCUUAUGGAGGGGAACAAUACAGAGAUCAGAUGGAAGAACGUGAAGAUCAACUUUGACAAUGUUGGGGCAGGAUACCUGGCCCUUCUUCAAGUAGCAACCUUCAAAGGCUGGAUGGACAUCAUGUAUGCAGCUGUAGAUUCCCGUAAGCCUGAUGAGCAGCCUAAGUAUGAGGACAAUAUCUACAUGUACAUCUACUUUGUCAUCUUCAUCAUCUUCGGCUCCUUCUUCACCCUGAACCUGUUCAUUGGUGUCAUCAUUGAUAACUUCAAUCAACAAAAGAAAAAGUUCGGAGGUCAGGACAUCUUCAUGACCGAAGAACAGAAGAAGUACUACAAUGCCAUGAAAAAGCUGGGCUCAAAGAAGCCACAGAAACCUAUUCCCCGCCCCUUGAACAAAAUCCAAGGAAUCGUCUUUGAUUUUGUCACUCAGCAAGCCUUUGACAUUGUUAUCAUGAUGCUCAUCUGCCUUAACAUGGUGACAAUGAUGGUGGAGACCGACACUCAAAGCAAGCAGAUGGAGAACAUCCUCUACUGGAUUAACCUGGUGUUUGUUAUCUUCUUCACCUGUGAGUGUGUGCUCAAAAUGUUUGCGUUGAGGCACUACUACUUCACCAUUGGCUGGAACAUCUUCGACUUCGUGGUAGUCAUCCUCUCCAUUGUGGGAAUGUUCCUGGCAGAUAUAAUUGAGAAAUACUUUGUUUCCCCAACCCUAUUCCGAGUCAUCCGAUUGGCCCGUAUUGGGCGCAUCUUGCGUCUGAUCAAAGGCGCUAAAGGGAUUCGUACCCUGCUCUUUGCCUUAAUGAUGUCCUUGCCUGCCCUGUUCAACAUCGGCCUUCUGCUCUUCCUGGUCAUGUUCAUCUUCUCCAUUUUUGGGAUGUCCAAUUUUGCAUAUGUGAAGCACGAGGCUGGUAUCGAUGACAUGUUCAACUUUGAGACAUUUGGCAACAGCAUGAUCUGCCUGUUUCAAAUCACAACCUCAGCUGGUUGGGAUGGCCUGCUGCUGCCCAUCCUAAACCGCCCCCCUGACUGCAGCCUAGAUAAGGAACACCCAGGGAGUGGCUUUAAGGGAGAUUGUGGGAACCCCUCAGUGGGCAUCUUCUUCUUUGUAAGCUACAUCAUCAUCUCUUUCCUAAUUGUCGUGAACAUGUACAUUGCCAUCAUCCUGGAGAACUUCAGUGUAGCCACAGAGGAAAGUGCAGACCCUCUGAGUGAGGAUGACUUUGAGACCUUCUAUGAGAUCUGGGAGAAGUUCGACCCCGAUGCCACCCAGUUCAUUGAGUACUGUAAGCUGGCAGACUUUGCAGAUGCCUUGGAGCAUCCUCUCCGAGUGCCCAAGCCCAAUACCAUUGAGCUCAUCGCUAUGGAUCUGCCAAUGGUGAGCGGGGAUCGCAUCCACUGCUUGGACAUCCUUUUUGCCUUCACCAAGCGGGUCCUGGGAGAUAGCGGGGAGUUGGACAUCCUGCGGCAGCAGAUGGAAGAGCGGUUCGUGGCAUCCAAUCCUUCCAAAGUGUCUUACGAGCCAAUCACAACCACGCUGCGUCGCAAGCAGGAGGAGGUAUCUGCAGUGGUCCUGCAGCGUGCCUACCGGGGACAUUUGGCAAGGCGGGGCUUCAUCUGCAAAAAGACAACUUCUAAUAAGCUGGAGAAUGGAGGCACACACCGGGAGAAAAAAGAGAGCACCCCAUCUACAGCCUCCCUCCCGUCCUAUGACAGUGUAACUAAACCUGAAAAGGAGAAACAGCAGCGGGCAGAGGAAGGAAGAAGGGAAAAAGCCAAAAGACAAAAAGAGGUCAGAGAAUCCAAGUGUUAGAGGAGAACAAAAAUUCAAUAUUAUACAGAUCUAAAACUCGCAAGUGAAAGAUUGUUUACAAACUUCCUGAAUAUUAUCAAUGCAGAACAGCUGUGGAGACUCUAACCUGAAGAUCUAUACCAAACGUCGUCCGCUUACCACGCAACACAGCUGCAUCUUGAGCAGUGACCUGCCAAGGGCAAAGGACCCCGCUCCCUAGACUUACAGAUUUUCUAAUGCUUGGGCAGGUGGUUACUGCAUGUUCCACAUCAGUCAAUGCAACUUAGGACAAAACUAACCAGAUACAGAAACAGAAGAGAGGCUGCCGGGACCAGCAUAUUUCCGUUGCAGCCAAAUGGAUUUUAUUUUUUCAUUUUAUUGAUUCUCAGAAGCAGAAAGCAUCACUUUAAAAGUUCGUUUGUUCAUGCAAACUAUAUUUGCAUUCUUACAUUAGUUAAGCUAAGCAGCAAAAAGAAAACACACACACACACACACUCACAUUUAGCCCAUGUCAUUAAAUUGUCAGUUUCUUUGACAUAAAGCGCAUCUUCUCCACAUGGGCUUCACGUGGUUUGGAGAUGGGUGGGGGAAAACAAUCAGGUUUCUUCAGGCUGAGGAGGACUUGCUCAGGCCGAUUCCAAACAUUGUGCUCGUUCAAUGCGUAGAAAUGAUUUGCAUGAUGGCAUGCCGUGAUCAGAAGUCAUGCAUGAGAUCCAUACACCACAGGACACUACUAAUCUAGUCCCUUGCAUUGGGUCAGCCUUUGGACAGGACCCAGCCCUGCACCGUUCACUGUAUUUGGAGAAAAUGGUAAGAGUUCCAUACCGGCUACAAUUCUUUAUUAUGAGUUCUUAAAAGUCCUUCAUACACCUUCUGGGUAGGGAAACAACCAACUAAUUGACUAACACCACCACCAACAAAAAACAAACCCAAUCCAACAAGCAGAUGGAUCCGUUGCGUGUAUAUGUUUAACAGACAUCUCUAACAUACAGCCAUUGUUGCACAUUUUGCAAGAUGAACUAUUUAAUGCUGCUCUGUGUCCAGUACAUGGGGGAGACUUUGAUCCCAAAUGGCUUGUACUAUUUAUGUCACUGUAAAACCAAAUCCUAGGGCUAAAAAAAAAAAUUCAUUUGUAUCUUGCAAUAUUUAUGAUGAUCGUUUAGCCUUCAUACUGGAGAACUGACACUUAUUUGGGGUAGAGAUAAAAGUGCUAUUCAAAGUAGCACCAGUUAUCUCUAGGGGUAAUUUGGGGAACUUAAAACGACCUUUCAUUGGGAGUUAUGGGGUGCUCAUUUCAUUUCGUAUCAUGUCCUCUGCAUUGUGGCUUUCUCCAGGCAUCGGUUGAUACCGCGAGGGGUUCAGAUAUUCUGAACUGACCUCUCUCUUCUGCAGAGGGGUCGUCGCGUACUCACACACUGCAUGGCUCCCCCUGCCUCCAUCACAUUUCUCCACUGAGUAGGGCUUCCCUUGCCCACAGAGGUGGGUGAGGGUAGCAGCAUUGGGGUUACGGCUGUGGUUUCUUUCAUUUAUUAUUAGAAUAAUAGUCACUGGUGGGACCUGAGGUAGAGAUGGAGCCGCCUCUGAACCAAGCCCACUUGGUUUCUUUACUGCACUGGUUUUCAUGAGAAAGCAAUUUAAUAUUAAUUCUUUAGGAUGUUCCAGCUUCCCUCAGUGCAUUCCCUUGCAGCCAGUUUUGCUAUCUGCUUAGCGACCUGCCCAUUGUCAUUGAAGUGUGGCUUCUGGGGGAGCGUCAUAUCUUCCAUUCCAUCUCCUGCUUUAGGAAAGACAGUUUUUAGUCCAGGGGUUUCUCACCUAAUGACUGGAUUUCAAAGCCAAGAUGCUGCAGUUGAAUGUGUCAGGAAGUCUAUACAAAGAGUGAAAAGAGACUUUAGCAUGUGAACCAAAUCAAAAUAAAUUCUUCCUGAACCAUACACUAGAGGGGGAAGAAGAACCAACCCAUAAUCAGACACACCGAUCUGCCUUGCAGUAGAAGCACUUUGAAGGUAAUUUCACAGUCCACCUGACUAGUUUUGCAUAGAACAAACCACAGUAAGUCGGUAAGCAGAGCUUUCUAUCUUGUUGGACCACUAGAAACUCUGUCCAGCUCUCUAAAGCCUGCUUCUGCAGCAGCAUCCGUAGAAUUUUUGUACUACACCCAAUACCAGACUGGGAAGGCCUAUCUUUCAGUGACCCUGCUAACUGCUAGGAUGAAUGUAUAGUAACAUGUACAGGCUACAUUGUAAACAGCACAAAACAGAAGCUGACAUGUGUGGUUAUUCUUUUUAAGAGAAUUAUAAAUACUGUAAUAUAUAAUUUUAUUUUAUUGGCAUGCCUUUUUGUAAAUACAAAUUAUUAACUUAUUAAAUAGGAAAUGGCUUCUGGCUUA